AUGCCUGAAUGUACUUGUGACUGUGAAUACGAGCUCUACUUUGGGAUAACCAGAAGCAAAAGCAACGAAUCCGGGACGCGUUGGAUAAUUAUCCUGUUAGACCCCAAGAAUGAAGUAUGCAACUGGUAUCAAUCAGUCACCGGGCAGAAUGGGUAUACAGCAACUGUAGCCCCAGGUCUGACGCUCGGAUUUAAUGAGGGAUUCCGGAACAAAGUUCGAAUUGGGACGAUCCGUAAGAGAGACAUGAAUAUAUUCCAAAGGAUAUUUGCCGCAACGGAGCCCCAGGAUAGUCAUCGGUUUGCAGCGGAAUUUGUCCUGAAUCUGAGCCGGGAGAGCUUGGUGGAAGGUGUACUUGGGUGGGAUAUGCUUAGGGCCGCCAAAAAUACCGCGUAUAUCUGGGAGCAUUUAAACAUUAGGCCCAGCGUUCAUUGGCAGUCUCUUGCUGACAGGGAGGACAGCUGCAUAUUCGAGACGGCCAGUCGAAAUUCGUACGUGGUGAGAUGA